AUGCCGCCAGUGGUGUAUGAGAUCUACAAGGUGGUCGAACUCACGGCACCCUACAUUCCCGGAUAUCUGGCAUUCCGUGAGGUGCCCGCUCUGGUGGGCCUCAUCGACCACAUCCGAAGGAAUAAGCCCCAGUACUUGCCCCAGGUGCUGCUGGUCGACGGCAACGGUGUGCUGCAUUACGGCGGCUUUGGGUCGGCGUGCCAGCUGGGCGUGGUGUCGGGGAUUCCCACCAUCGGGGUGGCCAAGAAGCUUCUCUGCGUGGACGGUCUCACCUCGGAGGUGGACAUCGACCGGUGGCUGGCCAGGUGCCAACAGCUCGGGCGGGAGUGGGUCGAGAUCGAAGGCCGCUCGGGCCAAAUACACGGAGCGAUGAUCCGACCCCAGUCCGGCCGGCAGACUGCCGCUGCCCGCAGCCGAGGCGGCAGCGCCGACCCACCCACGCCGCUGUUCGUCUCCCUGGGGCACCGCGUCAGUCUACAGACGGCCGUCCAGGUCACCCUCGCCUGCAUCCAGCGCACCAUGCCCGAGCCCAUCGACCAGGCCGACCUGCGAUCUCGUGAACACGUGCGGAAGCUCAACCAAGAUUGUAAGAGAAAGGGCGAGCAGCGACCCCCCUACGGCCUGAUGCUUGAGAAACUGGAGAACCGCGCCGACACAAACAAGCUCAACAAGGCCAAGCAAUCAGCCCUGCUCAUUGCCAUCGCCGAGUUCUGUGGCGAAGAGAUCAUCACCGCCCUGCUGGACCACAACGCCGAGGUGAACGUCAAGGACGCGGAUGGACUCACCGCGCUCCAGUUGGCGGCUCGCUCCGACCAGGAGGCAGUGGUACGACGGGCCGCUGCCCACCUCAUGGUGAGGCUGCUUCUCGAGCGUGGCGCAGACCCGAACGUGAACACGGCUGCUGAGGGCCUCAGUGCUCUGCAUUAUGCUGCCAGCCGAGGCAACUCGAACGCCACACAACUGCUGCUUUCGCGCGCCGCGAACAAGGACGCGCUGAACAAGCAGGGAGAGACGCCGCUCUUCACCGCCAUCAACGCCGACGCCUACGAGGUGGCGCGCGAACUGGUCAACAGCGACUGUGACCUGAACGUGCAGGACAAGGACGGGGACACCGCCUUGCACCUACUCGCCGCAAGGAGCGACGCCGUCGCGCUCGUCCGGCUGAUCCUUGCCAAGAAGCCCGAUCUGAGCGUGCGCAACAAGCAGGGCGACACUGCGCUCGAGUGCGCGCGGAGCAAAGCCAUGCGCGAUCUUCUGGUGGAGCACGGUGCCGAGGGGGACGUCAAGAAGCACCAGGCCGAAGUAGUGGAGGAGGAGACGCCGAGCCCGGCCCAGGAGCCGACAACGAAGAAGUCCCGCGCCGAGGCGGUGGAGGAGGAGGACGGCGAGAAGAGCGCCAAGAAGCUGCGACACCGCACACCACGAAAGAACGAAGACGACAGUGAGGUGUCCGAGUUUUUGAGCAAAGCGGGGCUGGAGGUGCACGCGCCACGCUUCAGGCGGAACAAGCUGGUCGAUCUGGAGGACUUGGAGGGCCUCGACGAGAAGCAGCUCAAGAAGAUGAACAUCACCGCCGGCGAGCGAGAGAAGAUCAUGACCGAGCUAAUCGCCAUCCAGCCCGAGCUGAACGCCAGGCGGGUGGCCAGGGAGAAGGCGGAGCGCGAGGCCCUGCAGGCCAAGGCCAACGCUGCCAGCAGCCCGGCCCUGCUGUGGGCCGUGGUCGGCGGCGUCGUGGUGCUGCUCGCCGUCGUCAUCUUCAUCACCGCCCAGGGCUGA